UCGUGCCCUGCCAUAUCUCAGUCCUUUCUCCUCUCGAUCGAACGCAUUCACGAUCACACAGAGCGAUAGAAGAAAAGAGCAAUCGAUGACGGAAUCCAACGACAAUAACUCAAUGGCGCAGCAACAGCAGCUUCUCAUACAGCAGCACCAGCAGCAGCUCUUUCUCAUGCAGCAGCAACAGCUCCAUCUCCAACAGCAGCAACAGCUACAACGCCAGAAGCAACAGCAGCAGAAGCAGCAAUCGCAGCCAUCGGCUCAGCAUCAAUCGCCUUAUAGCCUCCUGCAGCAGCAGCAGGCCAUCUCCCGCUUCCCCUCCAACAUCGACGCCCACCUCCGCGCCCCUGGCUUGCGAUCCCUUCACUUCCAGGGCCCUGCCGUUUCGCCUUCCGCCUCACAGCUGCCUUCAGCUGCUAAUCUCCACCAUCACCCUCCUCAGUCCCAGCCGGCGCGAUCAUCAGGCUUAGGGGUAGGUGUCGGAAGGCCCGGGAACCCCUUGGAGGUGGAAAUGGCCCAGAAGGAUGCCAUGAUGGUCUGCAACCCUGACUUCAAGCGCCCUUUUGCCUCCGUCGACGAUGCUGUGCUCAGGCUUCUGCCCUAUCAUGUGGUAUCUGAUUAUGAGGCAGAAGAAGAUGACAGAAUUCUUGAUAGUGAUACCACGGGCCAAAUAUUUUCACGGAUUCAGCAAUGGGAUAAUAACAUUCUUGCAAAGAUUGCAGAGUUCACCACAACAUUUGAGAAGCAAGUCCUUGCUUUCGACAUAAUGACACAGAAGAGAGCCCAAGGAGAAUUCAGGUCAGAGGAGAGACUUAUGGUUGAGCAGGCAUUGCUACAAGAAGAGAAGCAGGCUCUGUUGGGAAUCAGAGUCAGAGCAGAAUUAGAGUCUAAGGAGACUGCUGGAAGGGAAGCAGCAGAGGCCAAAGUACAGGUAGCGACGGCUCAGGCUGAACAUGCUCGAGCAGAGGCACAAGAACGUGCAGAAAUGUAUGCUCGCGCCUCAAUGAGGGUGGGCUCAGCUGCCCUCCCUGAAGCAGGUCCUGGUCUCGAUAUUGUGCCAGAACAGGGUGGUAACAUGGACGAAAUUCAUCAGUGGGGAAAUGCUCAAAGAGAAGAUGAAGAGCCGUCUGAGGAUUUCUUGAAUGAUGAGAAUGAACCAGAAAACGGAGACACUGGCACACAAGGUGAGUGGCGAGAAGCAGGGAAGCUGGACUUAAAUUCUAGGUGAUAAUAAUACAAGUUGGCUGAGGCUUUCUAGUUUGCAUACCUCAUGGGACUGUGCCCUGAAACAAUGUCUUGGCUGAUUACAAAUUGUAGCAGGAUUGGCUGCUUGUUCCAAAGCAAGAGAGUGCAUUUCCUGAAUUCAGACAACAGAUUAUAUAGAAGUGCACCCCUCACCUUAUUUAUGCUGCUAUUUUUAUUUUGUUUAAAGAUUCAACUUUUUGGUAACAUUGUUUUUGGAAGCAGAAGUCAUGCACCUUUCAAUGUUGUUAUGCUUGAACUUUGUGGAAACACUACACUUUAGUGCUAACUUGUCAGUGAGGAAGAUAGCGAAGGUUGGAGAUUCAGGAUCUCAA